AUAAGGCAUAGUGGUGCUGUGCCACGCUAUGUCUUUAGGAGCUGAGCCCGUCCCGGAAUUCGCCCGGAUACGAAGAAAUGGACUGCAGGCGUCUCGUUCCACAAUCCAAAGUACUUGUUUCUAUUAUCAUCGUUUGCAUUGAUGCAGUUUUGACAUCCGACGUUCAGUCAAGAAAUUCGUGGAUCGCCUCGAUGAUGCUGUCCGGCGCGACGAUUCAGGUCACCCCCGAAGUGUUCAGUGCUGGCGUGUUGGCAACGCUGGCAUCGGGUUUCAAGGCAAAGGAAAAAAGAGGCCUCGCUUACGAAGCCAGCUUCAGUGACCUGCAGAUCUCGCACACUCUGGGGAUCCCGCUGGUUUCAAAGGGCGUAAAGGCCUCGGUGUACAUCAACUCCCUGAAGUGGCGCCUGGAAGUCCUUGUCAACGAUGCCACCGGUGAAACAACGUUCAGAGACUUUCAGUUCCACCUUGGGCAUGUCACCGUGAAGACCAAAGGCUUGUGGUAUCUGGACCACGUCGUCGGCGCUUCACUGAACGUUCUUUUGGAGAUGACUCACGAUACAAUGCAGAGGAUAGGAACAGUAUUGCGACACGUAUAUUACAGAGGCGAAGAGGAAACGAGGAAGGCAGGCACCAUGAAGUCGACGGAGAGCUGGAGCAUCGAGGAUUCCGUACUGGCGUCGUCGCGCCGCAAGUGGCUGCGCUACUGGUACGGCGGCGUCGGGGUGAUGCUCAUCGUGUUCGUGCUCAUGCUCACCCUGUCCACCAUGAUCCGAGCAGGCACCGUGCACGUGGCGCGAGUGUGA